CGCGAUCGAAGAGACACCGAGAGAAAACGAGAGCGAGCUUUGGAGCUUUGGAGAGAAACCCAAAACCCUAGAGAUCGAGGAAAGACGACGAUGAAUAGCUCGAUUGAUCUACAGAACACCGUCAAGGAGGCGCUCGGAGUGCUCUAUCACCACCCUGACGAUGUUCUUCGCUCCCGCGCCGACCACUGGCUUCAGGAUUUCCAGCGCACCAUUGAUGCCUGGCAGGUUUCAGAUAACUUGCUCCAUGAUGCUAGCAGUAACGUAGAGACCCUUAUAUUUUGUUCUCAAACUCUUAGAAGUAAGGUAAUGUCUUAUUUCACAAGCUACGUGGCGUGUUUCUGGGAGGUGCAGCGUGACUUCGAGGAGCUUCCUCCUGAUGCUUUUGGCCCUUUGCGUGAUUCCUUGUUUGGCUUGCUGAAAAAAUUCAACAAAGGGCUUCCAAAAGUUAUAACUCAGAUUGCCAUAGCAAUUGCUGCUUUGGCUGUCCAUGUGCCGGUAGAAAAAUGGGGAGGUGGUGGGAUUGUGAAUUGGUUAAAUGAUGGGAUGAAGUCUCAUCCUGAAUGCAUCCCUAGCUUCCUGGAGCUACUUGCUGUCUUGCCGCAGGAGGCUCAUAGCUAUAAGAUAGCUGCUCGUCCUGAAAGGCGCCGCCAAUUUGAGAAGGAACUUAUAUCAUCAAUAGAAGUCGCUUUCUCUCUUUUGACUGGCUGUUUAAGUUUUGAGGAAUUGAAAGAGCAGGUCUUGGAUGCUUUUGCUUCAUGGCUUCGACUGGGCCAUGUGAUUUCUGCUUCCACACUUGCUUCCCAUCCUCUAGUGCAUGCAGGCCUUUCAUGUUUGGGCUCUGAGCAAUAUCUGGAGGCAGCUGUUAAUGUAAUAUCUGAACUGAUACAUUACACUGUUGUGGGAAAUUCUGGGAGUCUUGCUGAGCAGAUGCCCUUGAUUCAUGUACUUGUGCCUAGAGUUAUGAGUCUCAAGGAUCAGCUGAGAGAUUCUUCAAAGGAUGAGGAAGAUGUGAAGGCCAUUGCUCGAUUAUUUGCGGACAUGGGUGAUUCUUAUGUGGAUAUCAUAGCAACUGGUUCUGAUGAAUCAAUGCUAAUAGUGCAAGCAUUGCUUGAAGUUGCAUCACACCCUGAAUAUGAUAUUUCUUCAAUGACAUAUAACUUCUGGCAUCGCCUCCGGCUUAACUUAAAUCAAAGGGACUCCCAUCUGUCUUAUGGAUCAGAGGUAGCUAUUGAGACAGAGAGGAAUAGGAGACUAAAAUGUUUUCAGCAGCCAUUUGAAUUGCUUGUUUCUAUGGUUGCCUUUCGAGUUGAAUAUCCACAAGACUAUCAAUGCCUGUCUGAAGAAGACCAGAAGGACUUCAAGCAGACUAGAGUUGUGGUCAGUGAUGUGUUAGUAGAUGCAACUGCAGUUUUGGGUGGUGAAUUGGUGCUGAAGAGUCUCUUUAUGAAACUUUUACAGGCCCUUGAAAAUGCCCCAAGUGAUGGAAGCAGUAAAUGGCAACCUAUAGAGGCUGCUCUAUUCUGUAUGCAAUCAAUAGCUCAGUUUAUUCCAUCAUCUGAGGCAGAAAUCAUGCCCCGGGUCAUUUCUUUGCUCCCAAAGCUUCCUCAUCAACCACGACUGCUACAUACAGUUUGUUCUACAAUUGGAGCAUUUUCCAAAUGGAUUAGCACUGCCCCAGCUGAGCUCUCUGUUCUAGCUACUGUUGUUGAUAUUCUUACAAGAGGCAUGAGUACAUCUGAAGAUUCUGCAACAGCAGCAGCUGUAGCAUUCAAGUAUUUAUGUGAAGAUUGCAGCAAAAUGUUCUGUGAAUCAUUGGAUGGUCUUUUCCAAAUAUAUCACAUAGCUAUUAGUGGAGAAGGGGGGUAUAAAAUUUCUGUUGAUGACUCGAUGCACUUAGUUGAAGCAUUGAGUGUGGUUAUUACAGAGCUUCCACUGGAGCAUGCUAGAAAGGCCAUGGAAUUGGUUUGCUUGCCAGCUAUUACUCCAUUGCAGGAUAUAACUAAACUAGGUGGUGCUUCAUUGCGAGAAAUACCCGCACGACAGCUUACAGUUCAUAUCGAUCGACUUGGAUGUAUCUUUAGGAAUGUGAACCUUCCAGAAGUUGUGGCUGAUGUAAUUCUUCAAUUUUGGCCGAUCUUCAAAGCUAUCUUUGAUCAUCGUGCUUGGGACAUGCGGACGAUGGAGUCUUUGUGCCGUGCAUGCAAAUAUGCUGUAAGGACUUGCGAAAGCCACAUGGGCGUUACCAUAGGAGCAAUUCUUGAGGAGAUUCAAGUCUUGUAUCCCCAGUACAAUCAACCUGGUUUCCUCUACCUCUCAAGUGAAGUCAUAAAGUUAUUUGGUUCGGAACCAACUUGCUCUAAAUUUCUGGAGAGUUUGAUCGCAACACUUUUCAACCACACUACAAAGCUUCUUACAAGGAUUCAAGAUUUUACAAUUAGACCGGACAUAGCAGAUGACUGUUUUUUGUUGGCAUCAAGAUGCAUCAGAUACUGCCCCGAUUUAUUUUGUACCUCUUCUGUAUUUCCAUCAUUAGUUGACUGUGCAAUGAUUGGAAUUACAGUCCAACACAGGGAGGCUUGCAAGUCUAUCUUGACGUUCUUAGCUGACAUGUUCAAUCGGGCAAGUUCUGCUGCUGGAGAGAAGCACCGUCCCAUUGUUGACAAAGUGGUACUUCCUCGGGGCGCAACUCUCACCAGACUCUUGAUAGCUUCUUUUACCGGAGCCCUCCCACCUGCUCGACUUGAAGAGGUUUUUUAUGUCCUACUAUCCUUUACAAGAAUGUAUGGUCCCAGAGUCCUCGAGUGGGCGAAAGAGACCAUCUCAUUAAUACCAUUAACAGUCAUGACCGAGGCUGAACGAAUGAGUUUUAUCAAUGCUCUCUCCGAUUUCGCAGCAGGUUCAGAUGGCACUGCCCUGCGCAAUUCACUAGAGGAGCUAUCAUAUGUUUGCCGACGCAACAGAACCGUCCAGGAUAUCGUCCAGAAUGCUCUGCGGCCUCUCGAUCUGAAUCUCAACGCGGUUUCAUGAACACUACAAAAUCGUCGGCCUUUUGUUUCUCACAGAUGAUGAGGAUGAGGAUUUUGUGGGGAAGUUUCGGAAAAGCUUUUGUGCAUGCAUAGUAGUUCAUUGGGUGGUGUUAGUGUCAUUGUUCAAUAUUUGUGUUUCAUUUCUUCAUUGGUGGGCAGUGUUAACAAUUUUCAGGUUGUGUUGUACAUGUUUAUUAGUAUUAUUUUGCAGAGUCCUUUGAUUUUAAUCUUAUUCGGUUGUGUGGGUUAUAUUUUA